CCUCAGGCUGAUGCUGGGUGUUUGUGAGCAGCGGGAGCCUGGUCUGGAUUAAAUCGGAGCUCAGGGAAUGCUCAGCAGAAGUCUGGACCAGAAUUUUUUCAUUUCUAACAUGUGAAGUGAUAUGAAAUGACCUGAGAGACGACUGGGAUGAAGAAUAUGAAGUCAAGAGUGGAGGAGUUCAACUGAAACAAGGAUGGAUUAACUGUUUUGGGGAGGUUUAGAAAAGAAAUGCUUUAAACAAGUUGGAAUGAAGAGCUAGAAGAAGGAUGCUCCCAUUUCUCACCCAAAGAGACCCAAACGCAACAAGAUUAUGACGAUUUGACAUAUCUGCUGGGAGGCAAAACACAGUGUCUACAUACUGAAGGGCAGGAUUAGUCGCCUUUUCGUUUCAUCCCCACUGGCCUGGUCUGGCCUAGACCAUGAGGCUGGAGCGCGGCCGGCGGGCUUCUCUGGCAAUCACCCUCAACUUUGUGGCUUUGGCUUUCGCCGUUUCAGCAGUGACCACCAGCUACUGGUGUGAGGGGACCAGGAAGGUGGCCAAACCCUUCUGCACCGGACCGCCUGUGAAGGAGAAGCAGUGGUAUUGCAUCCGCUUCAACAGCUCCAACCUCAACGACAGCCGGCAGGUGCAGUACAUCUUCGAGACGGGAGAGGAGAAGUUUAUCCUGAGGAAGUUCCACACAGGGAUAUUUUUCUCCUGCGAGGAAGCGGUUGACAUGAACGGGUUCGACUGUCGAAACUUUGCUGAGAUUGCUCCUGAACAUCAAAGAGGAGUUCUGUGGUUGUGUGUUGUUGCUGAGAGCCUGUACCUCAGUCUGCUUUUCAGCGGUGGCGUCCUGAUGAUUCUGGAGCAAUGUCCUUGUUUCAGCAUCAUGAACAAGCUGAAACUCAGUGCCUUUGCUGCCAUGUGUACAGCUCUCUCAGGCCUUUGUGGGAUGGUGGCCCACAUGAUGUUUACCACCAUUUUCCACCUGGCGGUCUCUAUGGGACCAGAAGACUGGAGGCCCAAGACUUGGGACUACAGCUGGUCUUAUGCCUUGGCGUGGUGCUCCUUUGGCACCUGCAUGGGCUCCGCGGUGACAACACUGAACAGAUACACAAAGACCAUUAUUGAGUUUAAAUACAAGCGACACAACAUUGAGAAGAGCCUGAUGAUCAAGCAGAAAAUGAUGGAGCUGGGACUCCCGGAGCAGAUGUGGGACAUGUAUUUGACUGCUGACUCGGCUGAAGUAGGAAUGCCACCAGAACCGUUGGUGAAUGGACACAAACCGUCAACGGGAGCGCCGUAUGUGUUUGAAGAAAUGGACAGUGCACCAGAACAACAAGGAGAAGCGUACUGUUGAAGCAGGCUACAGCCUCUUGCCUCAUCAAGGCUUCAGCGUGCAUCCUGUAUGCUAUCUGUUUCAACCUGAAUCUGCCUUCACUUACCCAGAAUGCACUGGAACUGUAUCGCCCUGAUGCCAUUCUGAGUAGAACAGUGGAGAUAAAAGUGGUGAACAAGCAGACAUACACACUCAGGGUCAAUGAUGCAAAAAUCUAAAUAUAAAAGAGUUGUCUUGUGUUUUUCAGGAGUCCUUUUGGUGCCUCCUGGUGUCCCAAUGAAAAGACUCUGAUUUACUUGGAGAUAAAACUUCUCAUUACCUAGCAACAGGAGGAGGGGGGUCACUCUAAUACUAAAAAUGAUGAGAAACUAUAAAUCUAUCUGAUACCUUAUGUGUUUUCAUAUUGGGAGUACUGCAGGCUCUGAUGGACUGAAAUUGUAACUAAAGGUACAAAAUAAAAGUGUUGUUCAAAUGAAUGUAAGCUCUUCAGGUCAACAAAGAUAAACAACCAACCAAAUCCAAUUAAAGUUGACUAACAGCAGCUGAUCUCUGAUCGCUCAGGUCCUCCAUUAGGCUUGCUUUCUGUCUACAGAUGGACCGGCUGCUGCUGCCCAUUUAAUCCGACUCCACGGCAACGAUCCAAGUUAUGAUGUGCUCACUGAUCUCAUCGGGAGGCAAUUCCAGGUUCUUACCAAAUUAAGUCCACCCUGUUUCAGUUCCAGGGUUUUACAUUUCAGGAUGUGAUGAAACAAGUGUUCACCAGGUUCUGGAGCUGCCUCUACCAAGUUCACCGAGGAACCUUGUUUUACUAGUUAUUCUUGAAAUAUGAUACAAGUAUUCUCAAUACGAGUUUCACAUGCGUGCAGAACAUGAAAAUAGUCUUCUAGCCCUGUUUUCUGCAUUAGCGGCUGACAGAAAAUAGAAGAGGAAAUGCUUGGAUUAGAAAAAGACACACAGAUCUACAUCACACUGUAAAUUAGCAUCUUGG